AUGGCAACCUCGCGCCGAGAAGAACUGCUUCGGCUGAAGCGCACCGACCAUAAGACGGAACACUUGGUGCUCCAUGUCGCGGACCAUUCGACAAGCCCGGACACGCUAGAUCUGAAGCUGGUUGGAACCGACACCGAACGUCUGUAUCACGGCAACGUGGAAGAAUCUUCUCUCGAGACCCUGCAGGCAAGCAAUUUCAAGGGCAAUCUUGCAGAGUUCAAGACAGUGCUCUCAUAUGCCUUGCUCCACCAACUUCCAAAAGGGCCCUUUCCGGAUGUCCUGGAAGGAGUGGAGACCGUGGCGGCGGUCGAUAUCAAGACCUUUACUGUCACUAUUCGUAAGAAUAUUAGCGGCAUUACUCAGAAGCUGGCCGCAAUCAAGCUCGAAGAAGACACUGGGAAUAUCGAGGUGAACUUCAUCGGCUGGACUGACGAGGCUCUCAUUGACAGAGACGACCUACGAGCUCGCCUUGCUGAUACUGAAGAACACAUGAAGGAGCAGCAAGCACAAGUCGCGCAGUUAUCCGCAGAGCUCGACAAGCUUGUCAAGGCCAAGAAACAGCAUGAGGAGGAGAUGCUAAGCAAGUUUGCUGCGCUAUUGAACGCGAAGAAGCUGAAAAUUCGAGAUCAGCAACGGCUGCUCUCAAGUGCCAAAGUCGAUUUUGACGCAGUAGAGGAAGUCGAGCAAGCUAGAUUGUCCAAUGGCACAAAACGAGUAGGAGCUUCGAGGAAGGGGAAGCGGAAAGCCCACGGCACUGUUGAACCAGCUGCCCCAGAAGUUGAGGAUGAAGGUGAAGACGAUGCGACUGCCGAUGGUACAGAUGACGCCCAAGAAGAAGACAGAAGGCGUCAAGAGACCCCAGAGACUGACGAAGAAGAUCUCGCAGAUGAAGAUCUUGACGUUGAAGGAGACAGCAGUGGGAUGGCGACGGCGAUUGAUGACUCUCAGACGACACGUCGGGUAGCAACAAAGGCGACCCGGAAGGGCCAUCGGGGUCAGCGCAGCUCGCAAAAGAUCAAUGCUGAUAAACAAAAGUCGCCAUCGCCUCAGCGAAAACUGCCGAGCAGAAAGGCGAAAUCACCAGCGAAAGAACCAACUCCACCAGCUCCAUCUAAUGAUGUUGACGAUGUUGACGAUGACGAGACAGACGAUGAGCUUUGA